UUACAAUGGACUACAACAACCCAAGUGCCGCUCGCUUAUUGCCCUCCCACCGAUUGGGGCUGGGGAAUAGGCGAAGUAUCGCAUCGCAUCCCUCCACCUCCAGUAUCCCUCGCUGCUCAAGUUGACCGGGCUGUGAAUAUGUAAGAAUGUUAAUGACACCGUGCUUCUAAAUUUGGUAAACACAAGUCAUUACUUUCGCAUGUUAUCGGAUGAAGGGCAGGGGGAAAGCUGCCGCCUCCGCACUCCUGGUUGCAAGGUUGGCCGCGCUGCUCUCGCUCUCUUUAAUGCUGGAGUAGUGAUGGUGUAAGGUCGCAGCGAGCUGCUGCCCGCCGGAGCGGAGCCCAGCCCAGCCCAGCCCAGCCCAGCCCAGGCGCAUCUCGGAUCGGCGGAUCGGCGGGCGGGCACUUCUGCAACCCUCAGCCGAAUGCUCCACUUUGUUUAAUCGUUCGCAUCGCGCAAGGUCGGAGCUUGCUACUUUCGACCGGAUCUCGUACAACUUGGCGACUUUUGAAUUAAGCAACUUGAAUGAGACAACUCUGCUGAAAAAUUAAGACGUCUUUCGGGGAAAGAUAACAGAAUCUUAGCGCGAUGUAUCCUCAAGCCAGACAUCCAACGCCUCACCAGCCCGCACAGCCCUUUAAAUUCACCAUCUCCGAAUCGUGCGAUCGUAUCAAAGAAGAAUUUCAGUUUUUGCAGGCGCAAUAUCACAGUUUGAAAUUGGAAUGUGAAAAACUAGCCAGUGAAAAGACUGAAAUGCAACGCCACUAUGUAAUGUAUUAUGAAAUGUCUUAUGGUCUGAAUAUAGAAAUGCACAAACAGGCUGAAAUUGUCAAGAGACUCAAUGCCAUUUGUGCCCAGGUCAUUCCUUUCCUGUCUCAGGAGCACCAACAGCAAGUGGUGCAGGCAGUGGAACGGGCCAAGCAAGUGACCAUGGCUGAGCUAAACGCCAUCAUCGGGGUACGUGGUCUUCAAAGUCUGCCCCUUACACACACAGAGAAGAGAAGGUUUCAAUGCUGGCUAUUGCAGCAGCAGCAACUACAAGCCCAACACUUAUCCCACGGCCAUGCACUUCCAGUACCCCUCACUCCGCACCCAUCAGGACUCCAGCUUCCAGGAAUCCCAUCUGUUGGAAGCAGUGCAGGACUAUUGGCAUUAUCGAGUGCUAUGAAAAAUGAGAAAAAGCACCAUGAAACAGACCAUCAAAGAGACAGAGACUCAGUAAAGAGUUCCUCAGUGUCUCCAUCAGCUAGUUUCAGAGCUGCUGAGAAGCACAGAGGUUCAAAUGACUACUCCUCAGAUAAUAAGAAGCAGAAGACAGAUGAUAAGGAUUUAGCAAAACGUUACGAUAGCGAUGGGGAGAAGAGUGAUGACAACCUGGUGGUUGAUGUUUCCAAUGAGGACCCAACUUCACCAAGAGGUAGUCCACCUCAUUCACCACGGGAAAAUGGUUUAGAUAAAUCUCGCCUCUUAAAAAAGGAUGCACCCAUAAGCCCAGCUUCCAUUGCUUCUUCUAGUAGUACUCCUUCUACAAAAUCCAAAGAAAUGAGUCUUAAUGAAAAAUCAACUACUCCUGUGCCAAAGUCCAAUACUCCAACUCCACGAUCAGAUGCGUCAACUCCAGGAAGUACUUCCACUCCAGGAUUGAGGCCUAUCUCUGGCAAACCACUAGGACUUGAUCCAAUAGGCUUGAGGACUCCUAUGGCAGUUCCAUGUCCUUAUCCUGCUCCUUUUGGAAUUGUGCCCCAUGCUGGUAUGAAUGGAGAUCUAACGAGUCCAGGGACAUAUGCAGGUUUACAUAAUAUCUCCCCUCAGAUGAGUGCAGCAGCAGCUGCUGCAGCCGCGGCAGCUGCUUACAGCCGAUCUCCAGUGGUUGGAUUUGAUCCACAUCACAUACGUGUACCUGGCAUUCCUCCAAACUUAAGUGGCAUCCCUGGAGGAAAACCUGCUUAUUCAUUUCAUGUAAGCGCUGACGGACAGAUGCAACCUGUGCCUUUCCCUCCUGAUGCUCUCAUCGGACCGGGAAUUCCAAGACAUGCUCGGCAAAUGAAUUCUCUGAGCCACGGUGACGUUGUCUGUGCAGUGACCAUCAGCAAUCCUACGAGACACGUGUACACUGGUGGAAAGGGAUGUGUGAAGGUCUGGGACAUUAGUCACCCUGGGAACAAAAGCCCGGUCUCUCAGCUGGAUUGCCUGAACAGAGACAAUUACAUCCGAUCAUGCAAGUUGCUUCCUGAUGGACGUACUCUGAUUGUUGGUGGUGAAGCCAGCACGUUAUCCAUUUGGGAUUUGGCAGCUCCAACCCCGCGUAUAAAGGCAGAGUUGACGUCUUCAGCUCCUGCCUGCUAUGCUUUAGCGAUCAGUCCUGACUCCAAGGUCUGUUUCUCCUGCUGUAGUGAUGGUAAUAUCGCUGUCUGGGAUCUCCACAACCAGACGUUGGUCAGGCAAUUCCAAGGUCACACAGAUGGAGCCAGCUGUAUUGACAUUUCAAAUGAUGGCACCAAACUUUGGACGGGAGGUUUAGAUAACACUGUAAGGUCCUGGGACCUCAGAGAAGGAAGGCAACUGCAGCAACAUGACUUCACAUCCCAGAUCUUUUCUUUGGGAUAUUGUCCUGCCGGAGAAUGGCUUGCAGUUGGAAUGGAAAACAGCAAUGUAGAGGUUCUGCAUGUGACAAAACCAGACAAAUAUCAAUUGCACCUCCAUGAGAGCUGUGUGCUGUCCCUUAAGUUCGCUCAUUGUGGUAAGUGGUUUGUAAGCACUGGGAAGGAUAAUCUACUGAAUGCCUGGAGAACACCUUAUGGAGCAAGUAUAUUUCAGUCUAAGGAGUCCUCAUCGGUGCUGAGCUGCGACAUCUCAGUGGAUGAUAAAUACAUUAUCACUGGCUCUGGAGACAAGAAGGCUACAGUCUAUGAAGUUAUUUAUUAGGAAUGGAGCCUGAACACAAAGAUACUCACUAUAGCACUUUUGUUAGAUUUGCUCUUUAUGGCUGACUUUGCAAAACAAAGACUUCAACGUUCUUGUCAUUGUUUCUCAGCUCUGUGCUGUAUUUGAUCGUAAUUUCUGGACACUUCCUUCCGUCUGAUAUAUAAAAAAGCCUCAAAACCCAACUAUGCGGAGCAGAGUGACAAGCUUCUUUAGCCAUUAUGUGAAUGAAGGACCAGAAGGAUUCAACUAUUUAUUUUUGUUUUCCAAGACUUUUUAUAACCUUUGUUGAAAUUGAUUAAUUUCAUACAAGCUUUGGUAUUAACAUUCAUUCUGUUUGGAAGGUGUUAGUUCAUUGUCACAUUGAUUAAAUGUGUGUUAUUAUUUCUUCAUUUUAUUACAGAAUUAUGAAGAUUUUUAUAGAAGUAUUAAGUUGCAGAGCAAUGUUCUGGAGUAUUUGUCCAAAUUGAAGCUAGUUGAUAUGCCAACAAAAGAAAAUACAGGAUUGGCUAGAUAGUGAAAUGAUUUGCUGUCAGUAUUGUUUUGGCAGGAGGCCAUUAAUUUUAAUAAAACAAUACCGGUUCAAAUCACUUUCUUGGUAAUGUACUAAACGAGGCAGAAGGUGCCCAUAGAAAUUGGAAAAAUCUACAAGCUGAGAAAAAUGCUGAUUUGCUCAGGUGUUUUGCUUAAUGGAAAAACAACCAUUCAGAAGUGACCAAAUGGCAAUUAUUUCAUAUUCACUGAAAACAGAUUACCCACAAAGCUGACCAGUCAAAUUCCUGUUCUUUUCCAACAAUUCCUCUUGAGCAAUUGUUAGUUUCCCAGCUCCCUCCACUAACGUUUCCUGAAUUUUACUUUUUUUUUUUUUUUAAAGUGGAUGGUAUAAUAAAAUGCAACUAUUCUAAAUAUAAGUAAAAAAUCAUCCAUUCUAUGUGGCAUCAGACCCUCACACGAGCAUUCCCUUUGUGUAAGGACACUUUCUUUUUUUCUGUCCAUUUUUCAUUACUUGGAUACCUUGAUUAUUCUUUAGCUCUCUGCAUGUUCCUCACUGCUCCUAACUUUCCCACUCUCAAGAUGCAAAAUAUAUUCUUGCUCCUUUGCCAAUUAACCUGCCUGUAGCUCCAUCCCUGGUCUCAGCUGUUUUGUCCUAAUCUGACCCUAGAUUUUUUUGUGCCCUUCCAAUCCUUCUCCUUUAAGUGCUCUUGAAAUGUUACCAUCUCUGCAUGGCAACAUUUCAAGAACACUCCUUCACCAAUGAAAAUGUUUUUUGAGCCUUCCCCCAACUUGAAGAUUUUGAGUGAUAUUUUUUACUGGAACCCUCUCAUUCUGAUUUCAUUGUUCCCAUUUCCACUUCACACCUGAUCAUCUUUACUGAGAGCAAAGUCAUGGAAGGUCAACUCGUGAUUUACAAAGAAUAGCUUUUAUUUGCUAAUUUAAAAGUCUAACAUUAUUGUAGAAUUGGGGUAGCAAGAAAGGAUAAAGGAGGAGGACUGUAACUCAUUGACUAAUAAGUAUAAUGAAGAUUGUAUAUUGUGGUAGGUGAAGGCUCUGUAUUUCGAUUUGUAACUGAUGUUCGUAAUGGGAGCCAUAUUUAGAUACGAAAGUCAACUGGAUUUACAUCUAAUGCACCAACACUAAUAUAGUGUGUUAUCUGUACUUGCACAAUAAAGGAAGAAUAAAGUGAGUUACAAUCAAGGGGUGUCAUAAACUGUCCGAACUUUGCCAGAGAUUUAUGUACUAAUUCCAACUGAUGUGUUUCUAAGAUAGACACAAAAAGCUGGAGCAACUCAGCGGUUCAGACAGCAUCUCUGGGGAAAAGGAAUAGGUGAUGUUUCUGGUUGAGACCCUUCUUCAGACCUCUUCACUCCUUGGAUAAAUCAUCAACAUUGCAUGUUGUACAGAGUUAAUGGAUCCCUGACCAUCAAAUUUCACAAUAUUUCCUUUUAUUUACAAAAAUGCUUUAUUAAUGAAGUGACAACUUUCAAUUAAAAAAAACAUUAGCUUCAAAAAGCCUUUAACUCACCACUCAUUGCAAAAUAAUAAAAUGGUUAUUGGAGAGACCCUAGAAAAUUGCUGUACAAAAAACUGCCAAAGCAAGCUCUAGUAAAUUGGAAGUGCAAGACCAAGUGGAAGAAACAUCUGAAUCCCAGGCCAAUGUCACACCUAUGAACCCAACAGGAGACAAACACAUUUCCCAGAAUUGUAACAUAAUAAAAGGACUAAAAGGACUACCUGCAGAGGCCAGCUAACAUCUGCAGCCUGGUAAUCACCACUGCUUCUUACAAGUACUCGUACAAUCUGUGACAGCUUAAUUUCUUAACCUGCAGUCCUGAAUAUGCUCCUGUGUAGACUGGAUCAUGUAAUUUAUCAUAGUUGAAUUAGUCAGUUUGAUCAUAAUUAUGUGCUAUUAUUGGUUUUAAAUCAACAAGAUUAUUGUGGAGACUGGCAUCUGGAUUGAUCAUUGAUAUGAACCCAGAUUUAGGACAGAUGAUCGCUGCAUUCUCUCAUCCAUUCCCUCACUGACAUUCAAUCUCUCCUUUUUCCUUAUCUAUUACACAUGUUAAGACUUUUUUCAUUGUUUCCUAGCCGACUCUCAUACUUGGAUAUGCCUUUCCAGUGAUUAACAUUAACAUUGCCAUCCAUUGAUAAUCAUCACCAAUCCUUCAACACAUCUAUUUUAAUGCAUUCCCAGAGCAAAAAGCACACCUUGGCUCCAGCCCCCUUUGGAGCAUUCUUAGUCUGAUGAACAAAAUUAAAAAAAACUUCGAUAAUAACCCUGUUUGGAAACCUUAUCCAUGCAAAUCAGACCCACUGUUAAUGUGCAUAUCAAUCCAGGGUAUUCCCUCUUUAUAAACCAUAAGGAAAAAAUAUUCCUUAUAGCAAAUCACAGGAGCUUCUGCAGAAAUCUGCCCACAUUUGGAAAAAAAUGGCUGAUGACCAAAAUAGAUUGUUUCAUAGAAGGAACUUCUUUGAUUUGUCAUUACGUUUCGAAGUGUAAUUUCUUUGUUGUUAACUUUUUUUUAUUACAUCCAUGCUACAUAAGAACUGAUAACAAUCCUGGUUGCUUUGCCAAAACCAAUUAGUAGCAUAAAAAAGAAGUAAAGCAGAAUGCAAGACACAAUGAAUUAGCAUAUCUUAAACUUCACUAGCUUCCAACUUCACUUCAUUACUUUCUCCACCUCAGCUGUUGCAACCCCUACUCUUCUACCCAGCUUCUCGCCUUUAUAAUCUCAGUUCUUCUACAGCUCUGUAUGGAAUCCAAUGCAAGCAAUAGUGGCUUUGCACAGCACACUUUGGUGCCCCCAAAUUGAUUAAACAUUCUCAAUGUUUAAAAUUUCCCUCAGCCUUGCCACAUUCCCCCUUCCUAGCCUCUAGUUGAACUGCAAAGAAAUCUGCAUUCUUCCAUCUCCUUGUCUUGCAAAUCUCUCCCUCUGCUCAUCGGCUACUUUAUCAUAGGUUAGGCCCUAUGGUUUUGAAAUUACAAUGCUCAGUCAAGGGCGUGGUUGUUUCAAUUGCAGGUGCACUAAUGCAAAUGCCUCAAGCUUCACUAAACAGAUGGCGUGGGAAGUAUGGAGAGUCAUAGGCCUGGGCCAACAGUUGAAAUCAGGUAAUUAACCCCUCGUUAAACCCACCUUUCAACUCCAACUAUCUAACACCACCUACAAUUUGGCGCCAGUUUACCUGAUGACACUGAUGAGACAUUUUUGACCUACAUGCUAUUUUUUAUUGUCUUAGAACAAUGUAUGCAAUAAUGUAGAAACUGAUUUGUGAAGUAAAUUACUAGUAUUUUUGUGAAGAGUUUAAAGGCCAAAUAUGAUUUCUCAGAGAGAAGUUUAUUUUGGCUUGCUGAUUAAAAUGGGUCUUUAACCGGGCCGUUAUGGAAACCUCUAUAAACUGAAGCCAAUUCAAUUAAUUAUAGUCACCCAGAGCCAUAUUUCUGCUUUACCAAUCCAAAAGGUCAAAAGCAAGAACAGGUCAUUCUCAACUUCCCAUAAAUGUAAAUAUCCCUACAAAUGCAGAGUUAGAAAGUAACAAGCUAUGAAAUCAGGUGGGCAUUAAAAUUACAACACAAGCAAACAUAUUUAACCCCAUGUAUACAUUCAUUUUUCAUGUGUGAAUUGACUGAAUAACUUGCGUGCCAAAAAAAAUUGAAUGUGUAUCAUUGCACAAUCACUAAUUUUCAACAACGAAUCCAUAACUACAUACUUACAACUAGUUUGGCAUCUCCCUUUAUGUAUACUCUAUCCUUGGAAUUGAUGGAACUUUUACCCAGAAAUGAAAAAAAAACUUUCCAAAAUGUGUGAAAGUUGAAAAUUUUCAAAUAUUUAUCGACUUCAUGCUCACAUCCAUUUUAAUUUCUGGCCUUCGUCCAAGCCCUGUUUCUAUCAUCAAUGGUAAUCUUUAGCCACUGAACCCUCCAUAUCUCUACCCCUCCAAAAAUAUGGAAAGCCCAAUUAGAGGUAAUUUUCGAUAUUUCCUUAUUUUUUGUGCUCAUUACCAUUCCUUCUGCAUUUACAUGGACUGUAUACAAGAUGUGGUACAGGUUCCUGAAGGAGAGGAAGGAACAGAGAAGUGUUUGCACUUCAGUGAUUACCUGCUUACUAUUGAUUGAAGAAUUUUCAAAUGCAAAUAAUUAAAUAAAAUUUGGGUCCAAAUUUGCCUUAUAGAACCUGGUUAUUUAGUUAGUAUUUAAGCCUUCAAUUUCAUUAGAUGCAUGAAAUUCCAGAAAUAAUUGGAAAUAGGUUAGAGGGGCAGUAUUAAUUUUUUUUAAAUUACAUAACACCUCAGUACACAUGACAAUAAUAAACCUAAACCUGAACCAUAGGCAUGAUGUUUGCUUUAAGGCUUUUUCUAAAGAUGGACCAAAAAAACAUCACUACUGGGCUGACCAGAGGAAAAUCAGACCAGGCAGAAUGUAUAAAUGUCAAGUAAGAGCUCGUCAAGUAGAAUUCACAUUCUAUGAUUGAUGUGGAUAAAAAACACUGAACAUAUGUAUUAUUUUCAUAUGUGGCCCUUGUCCAUUCUUUAUUUCUUUAUUCCCAACUAGUAAAGACAAUUCCACCCUGAUUUUGUCAACAUUUCCAUUUAACUUCUAUUAUAUCUAUAGCAUAUCUAUGUCAACAACAGGGUAACAAGUAAUAUUUAGAACAGCAUCUGAAAAAUGCCAAUAAGCCAUCAAUUUUUAUUUCCUUUUUGUGAGAGUUGAAGACAGUGCAUUAGGAACUUCAUUUUUACCUCUUUAGUGAUGUUUGUGUACAGGGAUGCACGUGAUUCCGUAUCAAAGUGGAAUACUUGUUCUUGUGAAAAUGUAAGCUUUUCAGUAGGUUAUUGUGAGACUUGUAUGUCAACCUCGGUUUUUGAUGAAGACCUGUGCAUUGAAAGAUUUUGGAAAACAUUCCACAUUACACCUAACCCCCCCCCUCCAUGUUAUAAAACAUAAAACUGACAUGGCAACAUACACACAUGAUGCUUAUAUGAUUGCUAGCCUACCAUAAUUGACAGUGAGUCACAUAAUGCUUGGACUAAAGGUAGAAAUCUUAAUCCUGCAUCCUCAUAGAUGGAAAGAAAUUGCAAAAUAUUAGUUUCAAGAAGAUAUUCCAGAACAUACUGGCUUUGAUAUUAAAAAAUCAAUCAAUGAAGUGCUUACUGUCAAAGAUGCUCUAAUGAUAACACUGGGGAAUUGCAAAGAUUUCAAAGCAUUAUAGGAGAUCAUAAAGGUAUGAGGAGAGCAAUCAAGGUUGUGUUUGAAAACAAGUAAGAGAAUUGUUUUAAUUCUGGCACAUUUUAACCAGGAAGCAAUGUAGGACAAUGAACGCAUGGAAAAAACAAUUGUGGGAAGUGGUCCAGGAGUCUAUUGAAGCGGUCAAAUCUUCUGAUGGCAAAGAUAUGGAUGAGGGUUUCAGCAGCAGAUGACCUGCAGCAGAUGCAAAAUUAGUUGUUAAAGACAAAAACAUUGAUUAGAUAGUAUUGGUAAUUGCAUUUAGGUGCAGUUGGAAGCUCACUCAGGCAUUCAAUGAUCACAACAAAUUUGUGGACCAUCUGGCUGCAUCAUACAUCAACCAUUUAAGUUUGCCUGUGGCAAUAGCUGGCAAAUGGAGUUUGUGGCAAGGACUAAAAUUGAUGCCUUAGAUACUCUCAGUAUUUCGUUAGUGAAAAUUUCAGUCCAGUACUGGAUGUUAGAUUACCAGUCCUAGCCUACAGUGAAAGUGGUGGGACCAAAUAAAAACAUGGUGCUGAUGCAAAACGGAUCUUGCCACAAAUGGUAUGGUGAUUGUUGCUGUGUUUUGUGGGAAAGUCAACAAGAGACAACAUGAUAAUACGAAAAUAGGACGGGGCCAUGGAAUAAUUCUUGAAGAAACACCAUAGAUAAUUGUGGAGUUUGGAAGAAAAACCAUUGCAAUGGUUUUGUGUUGUGGUCUCUGAACAAAACAUUAAAAAAAUACAUAACUGGUGCUGUAUAUAUUUAUGGAGCAAAGGCACUGUAUUCAUCGAUGGUUUUGUGUUAAAGUACACAUUUAGAUCAAAGAUUUUAGAUCAAAGACUGCUUGGCUUGAGACCAGCAGUCAAAUACCGGCAUACUGCAAGCUGAAAAGUUCUCCUGGUAAGGAAUGUACUAAAUGAUUAUCAAACUUGUUAAUGUGCAGUGGAAGUGAUGAUGUUUGUUCUCUUCAAAACAUUUUUUGCAAGACUAGAGUUUGGCAUUGUAAUGAGGUUUUUUAUUUGAAAAGGGAAGCACAGGAGCACACAGUUGAUGCAAUGCUAAGCGGCAUUCUGGGAAAGUGUUGCUUUCCAAUCUAAAUGUUUGGCCUGCUGUCAACCUCUCCACACCCCCAAUUGCUCCCCCCCCUCCCCCCACCUAACGUUCAAUGUAACGGUAUAAGAACUAUUCUAUGAUGUAACUGCUAUGUUUUAUGCAUACGUUAAACCAUCCCAUGUAGAUACUGAGCUUAGUUCUACAAGAUAAAAAUGCUAGCAUUGAAAGGGGACAUGUAGGUCUAGAAGCAAUUUAAAACUAUUGUGCUUUCAAAUGCCCGUGUAUUGGCUACAUUUCUCUUUUACCCUAUUUUCCUCAUUCCACGUUGAACUACUUUAGACCUUUUACCAAAAGGAAACUAAUCAUAUUUCUCAGUAAGAUGUAUAAAAUAUUGGGUAUUUUGGCUAUCUAAGGCUCCUUUGCCUUUUUUGUGAAUCAAUUGACUUCCAGGAAGUUAACCAUCACAUUGACAAUUAAACUUAUAGCUUGUGGCUAAGACUUGCUUUGCUUCGAAUAAUCACGAACAUUAUAUUAACUCCUUUCUGCAUAAAGUCUUAGAUUAUCAAACUUAGUAGAACGCUUCUAAGGUCACAAUCAAUUUUCACUUAAUUUUUAGUGAUAUUACUAACAUUUGUAAAGCCAUCAACCAUUGCUGUUAUAACCUACAGAUGAACAUAAAGGAAAAAGUAAAUGACUGUUGAGGUCUUUCUUUGUACACAUGCAUUAUAUACCACUAAAAGUGCCCUGUGGUCAACUUGUUAGCUUUUUAAUCCCCUUUUCUUUGUUAGAUAUAUUGUUAUAUUUAAAAGUUUCUUAAAUUAAAUCAGUAGGAAUGUUUUAUAUCUAAUUGAUGGCAAAAUAUACGUUUCUGAUCCUGUAUGUUCAUUGGAUCUUUAAAAAGGAAUUAGUCACAUGUGACUAUAGGUCUUUCAAAAUGUGACAAUGGGAGGACAGAAAUGCAAAAAUGCUGCAGAAUUGCACUGGAUAUUCAUUUAUGGAAAGAAAAUAAUCACCUUUGUUUUAAUUAAAGCAAAGACCCAAAACACUGGACAUGUAACCUCAACAAGUCUGUCUCUUGUAGUCUCUGUACUGUAAAAUAAUUCUUUUAAUAUAACACACUGUUUCACUGUUUUGGUCUGUGGUUAUUUUUGCAUUGUUAUUCACAUUUUAUCAUCAGUAACUGGCCAUU